UUGACAUUGACAGUAAAUGUCAACGAUAACAUUCUUUCUUUCUGUCAAAAGUUUGUGUCCACCAUGGCUCGCGGACCUAAGAAGCACUUGAAGCGUUUGAACGCGCCAAAGGCAUGGAUGUUGGACAAGCUGGGAGGCGUGUACGCGCCGCGGCCGAGCACGGGCCCGCACCGCCUGCGCGAGUGCCUGCCGCUCGUGAUCUUCCUGCGGAACCGGCUCAAGUACGCGCUCACCGGCAAUGAGGUGCUCAAGAUCGUCAAGCAGCGCCUCAUCAAGGUGGACGGCAAGGUCCGCACCGACCCCACCUACCCUGCUGGAUUCAUGGAUGUGGUAUCCAUUGAGAAGACCAAUGAACUGUUCAGGCUGAUAUACGAUGUUAAGGGUCGCUUCACCAUCCAUCGCAUCACUCCCGAGGAGGCUAAGUACAAGCUGUGCAAGGUGCGGCGCGUGGCCACGGGCCCCAAGAACGUGCCGUUCCUGGUGACGCACGACGGCCGCACCAUCCGCUACCCCGACCCGCUCAUCAAGGUCAACGACUCCGUGCAGCUCGACAUCGCCAGCGGCAAGAUCCUCGACUUCAUCAAGUUUGAAUCGGGCAACCUGUGCAUGAUCACGGGAGGUCGUAACUUGGGGCGAGUGGGCGUGAUCGUGUCCCGCGAGCGUCACCCCGGGUCCUUCGACAUCGUCCACAUCAAGGACUCCACGGGGCACACCUUCGCCACUAGGUUAAACAACGUGUUCAUCAUCGGCAAGGGCACGAAGGCGUACAUCUCGCUGCCGCGCGGCAAGGGCGUGCGGCUCACCAUCGCCGAGGAGCGCGACAAGCGCAUCGCCGCCAAGGUCGCCGGCCAGUAACCGCUAGGAUAAGGUUUCAAUAAAAAACUAAAAAUCGAAA